CACAAUACUAGUUUCUUCAAUAAGGACACACACACACACUACUCUCAACUUUGAACAACGACAUAUGAUUCUUUUUCACAACAUGCAUGUUCUUUUUCACUAUGGAUUCUUAUAGAUUUUCAUUCUCAGAACCAUUUUUAUCACACAGAAGAAAGCUUUUUUCUGAGUUUAGUUUAUGUGUUGGAGCUUCUUUGCUUUUGUGUUCUCUUUUCUUUUUUAGUAAUUCACUUAAGGUUCCUAAAAAUUCAGUCUUUCUUUCUGUUUUCAAUAGUUCUAACAUAAACUCUUCAUUUGUUUCACACCCUUUUUCUUUUGAUAGUACUAAUCACUCUUGUUUAUCUCAGAAUAAUGCUUCUGAAGAAGGUAGUGUUGUUUUUGGUGGAACACUUGGUGACAUGAAGAAGAACUCUAGUUUUAUGAGUUCUAAUGUGACCAAUGGUGAUUCAUACAAUGGAAAUACUAGUGUUGUUGAGGUAAGGAAUGAAGGGGAUUUUGUUAGGGAUAAGAAUGUGAGUUUGAUCACUCAUAGUGAUGAUGACCAAAUGGAGAAUAUUGAGGUUGGUUUUUUAGAUGAAAAGUGUGAUGUCUUUGAUGGAAAAUGGAUAAGAGAUUAUUCAAAACCAUAUUAUCCUUUAGGUUCUUGUCCCUUCAUUGAUAGAGAUUUUAACUGUCACCUUAAUGGGAGGAUUGAUCUUGAAUAUGUAAAAUGGAAGUGGAAGCCAAAUAAAUGUCACAUUCCAAGCAGUUUGAAUGCAACUGAUUUUCUGGAGAGGUUACGCGGUCAGAGACUUGUUUUUGUUGGAGAUUCAUUGAACAGAAACAUGUGGGAGUCCCUUGUUUGUAUACUUCGACAAAACGUCCGGAACAAGAAACGUGUUUUUGAAAUUUCGGGGAAAAGAGAAUUUAAGAAGAAAGGUGUCUAUGCUUUUAGAUUUGAGGAUUACAAUUGUUCGGUUGAUUUUGUUGCUUCACCGUUUCUCGUUAGAGAAUCGAGUUUCAAAGGCAAAAAUGGUUCAUUUGAGACAUUAAGAUUGGAUUUGAUGGAUCACACAACUACGAGGUAUCAGGAUGCUAAUAUUUUAGUCUUCAAUACAGGCCAUUGGUGGACACAUGAUAAAACAUCAAAAGGAGAAGAUUAUUACCAAGAAGGAAACCGUGUUCAUCCAAGACUCAAAGCUUUGGACGCUUAUACGAGAGCUUUAACCACUUGGGCUAAGUGGGUAGACCGAAAAAUUAACGCCAACGAAACACAGGUUUUCUUUAGAGGAUACUCAUUUACACAUUUCUGGGGUGGACAAUGGAACUCAGGAGGACAAUGCCACAAAGAAACUGAACCGAUAUAUAACGAAACAUAUUUACAAAAGUAUCCUUCAAAAAUGCGCGCGGUAGAGUAUGUCAUUGAAAAAAUGAAAACCGAAGUGGUGUAUAUGAACAUAAGUAGACUUACAGAUUACAGAAAAGACGGACAUCCUUCGGUAUACCGGAAAGAUUAUAAGACAACGAUGACGAAGAACCCUUCUUCGCUAUACGAAGAUUGCAGCCAUUGGUGCUUGCCCGGCAUACCUGAUACUUGGAAUGAAUUGUUAUAUGUCUCUCUCUUAAAAUAUGGAAAGGGAACUUGGAAAGUCUGAGACUAGUUCCUUAUAAUCAUUCCACAUCCAGUUUGUAUCUAUAGUUUGAUUAGAGUAUGACAAUUUUUCCCAAUGAUCCAUGGGAUUGUAAAAUGUAUACAUGUGUGGUUUGAGAGUUUGAAACCAAUGUGUGUAAUAUAUACAUAUUCAAUCAGUUGUAACAGCUGAUAGAUAGUUGAUACUGGAGUGGCCCUUCAAUUCGGAGGUUUAAGCAAGGACAAUUCCAUGCUGUUAAUUGUAAAAACCAUGCUUGUUCAGAAUGAAAAAACUUGAUUACAAUAA